CGUUCCCAAAUCGAGAAUUCGCAUAAAUCUAUUACUUGGCUCCUUUUUUUUUUUUUUGCUUUUUUUGCGAGUGGCCUGAGUGAUCUGUGAUCUUUUUUCGAAAAGCACAAAAAUGUUGCGACCCCAGUUGUUGACCGUUGCCCUCGUGCUCUUGGGCUUCUCCUCGGCCUCCGUUCUGGCCGGUCGUCUUAGCCAGCGGUAUUUGCCCACUCCGCAGGCCAGCCAGCUGCACUACCACGGCGUCAGUGGCCAGGGACACGCUCGUCCUGGCGCAGGACAUUCCUUCGGCGGCGUCGGCGGCGGUUCCAGCUUCCAGCGCCAGCAGCAACCCCAGAUCCCCAUCGUGAGGAGCGACUACCAGAGCGACGCCAAUGGCAACUACAACUUCGGCUUCGACACGGGCAAUGGAAUCCAUCGCGAUGAGACCGGCGAGUUCCGCGGAGGAUGGCCCCACGGAUCGCUGGGUGUCCAGGGAUCCUACUCGUAUACCGGUGACGAUGGCAAGCAGUACACUGUGAACUACAAGGCGGACAAGAAUGGAUUCCAGGCGGAGGGAGCCCAUCUGCCCGUUUCGCCAUCGGUGCCCGCUGCCCCAGCAGGACGCAGCUCUUAUGGCGCUGGUGGUGGUUAUCGUGGUUCGGCCCCGUCGCAUGUCCCUGCUCCUGCUCCGGCUACCCGAUAUCUGCCCCCAGGAUAUCGCCAGCGUAGGCACUAUUGAAGGAUACCAGCGAUUGGAAGGAUAACCCCUAACAACCCCAACAAUCUGAUUCUUAAACUGUAA